AGGGAGGGAGUGUUUCUGCAAGAGUCGUGCUCACUGCAGAGCACGACUUGGCUUUGGUAGGCUCCAUCAUCAGGUGCACCUGCACUGCAGGACCGGGACAGAUGUGUCUGGUAUGUUGCUGAAACAUCCAGGACAAAUACUUCAGUUGUGACAACAGCUUGGAAAAACACAGACAAUGAUGCCUGAUGUUUCAUCCUUCCCGUAUCCGUGACGACAAGGAUGCGGGCAAUCAUCCACUCCAUUCAUGCAUAAUGAGACCGGGAAGAUGAGGUGUGAACAAAUGAGUCCGAAAUGGGAGCGGGAGGGGGGGAGCUUCUAAAAACGGAGCGUGCUCCCUGGAUGACGCUGGAUGACGAACACAGCGUGUGGAGUGUGGGUGUAUAAAAGACCAGAGUGUGGGUGUAUAAAAGACCAAAGUGUGGGUGUAUAAAAGACCAAAGUGUGUUGAGCUGGGAGCACACAUGGGGAGACCAGCAGGAUUCUGACACCCAUGUCUGACGUCCGACGCUGAACAAAGAUGAACAGAAACGAGAAGUUCCACCUUCCCGUUGAUGGCGUCUUGCAAAUGUUCAACACCUUCACCGGGCGCCAGAGCCCCACCCUCACACCCGUCCUGCGUCAACAGCACCCGAAGGUGUUGUCCAAGAGCAGCGUGGGUCUCCUGGAGACGGUCAAAGGGCGAUGGACGCCGCGGGACAGGAGAGCCUUGGAGAGCGUCUCCAGCGACCCGCUCCCCCCCGGGCGUGCGCAGGUGAUCAAGCCCAGGAACCGUCACAGAAUGGUGGUACUGGGCGCUCCCCGGGUGGGCAAGACCAACGUGGUGAGGAGAUUCCUCGGGGAAGACUUCCAGGAGCAGUAUGAACCCACAGCAGAGGACUUCCACAGGAAGCUGUUCCACGUCGGAGGGGAAACAUACCAAGUGGACAUUCUGGACGCCUCCAUAGAGAGAAACUUCCCGGCAAAACGGAGACUCUCCAUCCUGUCAGGUGACAUCUUCCUGCUGGUCUUCAGUCUGGACGACAGAGAGUCCUUGACUGAAGUCUGUGAGCUCCUCGGCGAGAUCAGAGCCGCCCAGACCAAGCUGCUCAAGUUCAAAGGGCCGGCCAGGUUGCCAGCGCUGGUCUGCGGCAAUAAACUGGACCUCCACGCUCAAAGAGCGGUCAGCAGGUCGGAGGUCACCAAGGCCCUGGCUCGCGACGUCGCCUACGUGGAGACCUCGUCCAAGCACGGCACCGGGCUAGAGGCGGCGUUCAGGGAGCUGGCGGCCAUAAGCGGCCUGCCGGGCGAGACCGAGCCCUCCAAGCAUCAGCUGGUCUCCAUAGCGGCCUACCGCUCCUUGUGCGAGGACCAGCGGGGCCGCGGGCGCAGCCGCACCCCCUGCGCCGCCGUGGACCCCCUGGUGCGGCGGCCCAGCUUCAACAGCGACCUGCGACUGGUGCUUGGAUCAAGCGGCAAGGCCGACAAACCCGAGAGGUGUCAGAUUCAAUGAAUCGUGAGCGCCUCUCCACAGAAACCAAUUGCAGUAGUAUGCUGCAAUGUUGUAUUACGUAAGGAGUUAUACUCUGUACUAGCUGGCUGGACCAGCGCCUUCCUUUUCUAUAAAUCUC